AUGCUAGUCCAUAACAAACGACGGAUGAAUUUCCAAACAGAUAGCGCUCAGUUGGUGAAGAUGGUGUCCAAACCUGCAGAGUGGCCAGCUUUUGCGAUCUUGCUUGAAGAAGUGGAGCAUUGUAGAGGGAUGUUCCAGGCGUUCUCCCUCACAUACAUUCCCAGAACGAAGAACACAAGGGCAGACAAGCUAGCACGGAGUGCUCGAGCUCAGCCCCAUGAUGUGUAUUACAUAAACUCAGUUCCCCGGAUUCCGCUUCCCGGACCGGUAUAG